AUUCAUUUGUUCCUACUUCUUUUCGCGCAAUUUUUUUUUUUGAGUUUGCAGCAUUUCAGCGGCUAAAAAUAUUAUAUCAAUUUGAAAAAGCCGUUGUUUCAAGCGGUAUACACCCAAUCAAUCCCUAAUAAUAAACAUGUCAAAUAGUCAUCAUCAUCAUCAAGAUCAAUCAGAAAUUACGGGUCAGGGUACUACUUCAAGAAAGACUACCGGGGGUAGUGGUUACUUUUUCAAUAACUUACUUAAGAGAUCAAACACUGCAACUACAAACAAUAAUCCAAAAGCAAAACUAGUUCCACUUGAUCCAUAUAAAUUAACCAGAUCUAAAUCAGCCAAUUAUUUCAGAGAUAUCACAGGAAGUAAUGUGACUUUAGAUACUCAAAACUUUCCUGAUUUAAAGAAAAUACUGUCACCUGGAAAACCAAACAAUAUCAUAUCACCUAGUUUAUUUAAUGAAACUCUUUUAUCAACAGCAGGUCCAUCAGCAACUCCCAGUCCAGAAAGAUAUCCUUCCGUUGUUAUCACUAAACCUCAAAUAUUAAAUACGGCUGAUUUACAAUUAGAUGCUGUUUCUCCAUUGACUGGUGAAACUAUGAACAUAAAUGAUGAACAUAAUAAUAAUCGUCUUCAUAUUGAAGCUGAUGAUAUAGAAACAACAGUGAUUUAUCAACAACAGCAUCAACAGCAACAACAACAACAAGUGGGAAGCGCUUAUACAGAGUUUAGUCAAGAAGAAUAUGACGGUAGAACUAAUGAUGAUGAAACUAGUAUACCAUUAAGUUCAGCAGGUUUAAAUAAAUUAAAAUUGAAUCAUAAUUCAUUAACUAAAAGAUCAGUGUUUGAAGAGAUUUUAACACCGGUAAAUCCCAAAGAUUUAGAAGAAGGUUCCAAAAUUGAGUCAAGUGAAUAUAUUGAAAAGAGUUCAGCUGAUAAUAAAGUUAGAAAACAUAUCGUUUUAGAAUGUUUUCUAAUUCUUUUAAUUUUAUUAAUUCUUGGUGGAUUUAUUCCUGCGUUAGUAUAUUUAUCCCAUGGUACAGAAGAUAUGGUAAAGAAUUUCUUCAAUCUGGAAGCUAAAAGGGAUCUUUUUUUUCCUUAUUUAACUGAAAAGUAUGGUGAUUUUAGAACAUAUAAUCCAAACAUUGUUAAUACUCCUGGAGGCUUAAGUCCUUUAUAUAGAGAUGAUCCUAAAAUACUUGCAUUAAUGGAAGGUUAUGGAGAACCAAUAUUUCAUGGUUUGGCUUAUUCGCCAAUGGAAGCUUUAGAACCUAGUUGUGGUAUUAAUAAAACUGAAACAAUUUAUGAUCUAGUAAAGCUUAGUACUGUUACAUCAAGAAUUAGAAAUUAUGGAAUGCAAUGUAAUCAAUCAGAUUUUAUACUUGAUUCUAUUCAAAGUUUAAAUUUAAAUAUGACUUUAGCAAUGGGAAUUUGGAUUGGUAAAAAUGAUAAGGUGAAUAGAAACCAAUUAAAUACCAUGAAAUAUAUUGUUAAGAAAUAUCCUCAAUCCAUGUUUGAUUCAAUUUUUAUUGGUAAUGAAGUUUUAUUUAGAGAAGAUAAAUCAUCAAAUCAAUUAAUUGAAUAUAUAAAGGAAACAAAGAAAUUUUUAAAAUCAAUUGGUUAUAAAAAGAUUCCAGUUGGUACAUCUGAAAUUGGAUCAUUAUUAAAUAAAGAUUUAUUUGAAGAAUGUGAUAUAGUUGGUGCUAAUAUUCAUCCAUAUUUUACUGGUAAUUCUGUGGAAGGAGCAUCAAAUUGGACAUUAGAAUUUCUUGAAUAUCAAAUGGAACCAUUAAAUUAUAAAAAUAAAACUAUUAUAGUUAGUGAGGUUGGAUGGCCAACUGAUGGAGGAAAUUUCCGUCGAUCAGUUGCUAAUAUUCCUAAUUUCAAAUAUUUUAUAAGUGAUUAUAUUUGUAAAAUGAAAAAUGUUAAUUAUGGUUGGUAUUAUUUUGAAGCUUUUGAUGAACCUUGGAAAAAGGUAUUUUAUGAAGGUAAAAAUAGAUGGGAAACUUCUUGGGGGUUAUUCAAUAGUGAUAGACUGAAUAAAUUAAAUUUAAGAAAACUUUCAAUUUGUUAAUAGAAGCUUGAAGAAAAAUAAUUUAUAAUUUCAUUUAUUUUUGCAGC